AUGCCACGCUCUUUUCUGGUCAAGAAGCACAUAAACUCAGCAAAGAAGCCUAAUUAUAGUGAGCUGGAAAGCCCAACAGUAUUCAUCACACCGCACUUCUACAAGGGUCUCCCUCUGUCUGUCAUCCCCCAGCCGGAGAUCCUGAGCCCGGCCGUCUAUAGCCCCAUCACAGUGUGGACUACCAGCAACCUGCCGCUGUCCCCGCUGCCCAGUGACCUCUCCCCCAUCUCCGGAUACCCCUCAUCUCUCUCCGACACCUCCUCCAAAGACCACAGUGGCUCGGAAAGCCCGAGGAGCGAUGAAGACGAGCAGAUGCUGCCCAAGCUGACGGACCCUCACGGGGUGGAGGCGGAAAAGUUUCAAUGUACUCUGUGCAGCAAAUCCUACUCCACGUACUCUGGACUGCUCAAGCACAAGCAGCUGCACUGCGACGCCCAGACGAGGAAAUCGUUCAGUUGUAAAUACUGCGAGAAGGAAUACGUUAGUCUGGGAGCUCUCAAAAUGCACAUCAGGACUCACACCUUGCCUUGCGUUUGCAAAAUAUGCGGGAAAGCCUUCUCCAGACCGUGGCUGCUCCAAGGACACAUCAGGACGCACACGGGUGAGAAGCCUUUCUCCUGCCCGCACUGCAACAGGGCGUUUGCCGACAGGUCCAAUCUCAGGGCUCACCUACAGACCCAUUCGGAUGUGAAAAAAUACCAAUGCAAGAACUGCUCCAAAACCUUCUCCAGGAUGUCUCUUCUACACAAGCAUGAGGAAUCUGUUGGUUAUCUGAUCAUCAGUGGAGGGAAAAGCGGACUGAUCACAGGAGACCUGAUCCAGCUGUGUCAUGAGCCGCAGAGGAAACCACAGCUGAUAAGAGACCAGAGAGGACCCUGA